CCGAAGUACAUCAUGAGUUUUCUGGGACUGUUGGCUUUCCUGGUUUUGGGUCUGUGUUCUACCGCCCAGGCUUCGUUGGUGAAAUGCUCGUGUGAUCCUGGUCCACAGGGCGAGCGAGGACCUCCAGGACCGCCCGGACCUCCUGGCAAUCAAAAUCAGAUCGGGCAUCAUGGCGGUGGAUCAGGCUACUGGGGUUAUCCACCCUCAGGUCCUUACCCCCCGAAUCUGCCAUUCAUUCAGGGACCCAGAGGCUUACCAGGACCGCCGGGUCCUCCUGGAUAUUGUUUCCCAUGCCCGGCUGGUCCACCAUUGAGAGCCUUUCCGCCGCCUGGAGUUCCUGUGCCGCCUUUCAUUUCCACCCCAGCUGGUGGCGCAUUUGGUGGAGCCUCUUCACAGACCAGCGCCGUGGGCAACAUCAUUGUGAUUCCGGGAGCUGCGGGAACGUUCGCAGCUGGUCGAGCUCAGUUCUACCACAUUUCACCAGAUGGUCAGGUGCUGCAGAUCGAUCGACCGCAGAAUCUGCCCAGUGAACUAUUCGAUACGCCGGUGAACCAAGCUGCCGGUGCUCCCAUUCCACCACCUCAGCCCACAUCGACAUCUCUGUCGGGAAUCACACCUCCAGCCGUUCAAGUGCCACCCACUCAGCCCACACCCAGCGAACUGGGCGUCCAGCAGCCAACACUCUUGCCCGAGAAUGUGGAGGAAACUGUGUUCGCGGUGGGCAAUCGCAACGACUUCCUGCGCGGUAGCUCCGAUGCCAGCGAUUGGCGAAGGAUUCUCCUCCUGGGAGAGCGACCCACCGCUGGGUUAGUCAAGGGCCAGUCCGUCCAGCAGAUUAAUCCCAACCAGCUCGAGAGCAGCGUGGAGAACUUCCAGAGGGCCCUGGUCGAACUGAAGGAGAAGUAUGCAACGCUCACCCAACCGCGCAGCUCAAAUCAAUAUGCAGUCAUCAUUUGA